UCACUCCCUCCGACCGCAGCAACAGGCGUCCGCCAGAGAACGAGAGGAAAAGCGCUUUGAACUGCAACAAGAGACGCUGAAAACCCGCUUCCACGCGAACUUGUCUUGUCUUCUGAACAUCUGAAUGCUUUUGCGGUAUUUAAAACACUUAAAGGUAUUCGUGAUCCGAUGUUCGCGAACAAAAACUCUCGCGGAAGGAAAGUUUAGGAAGGCCUCUGACGUCACGCCUCUCGGGACUCUCAUCUAAUAGCGUUACAGGAAACAACAACAACAACAACAACAACAACAAUAGCGUUACCUGAAUUUUUAACUCGUUUAAAACCGUAAACAGAUAAGAGUCCGAUCCGGAUUCUCUGGGAAAACAUCGAUCCUCAGCGAAGAUGAUGCCGCUCUGCACAUUCUGCAUGUCUUCUCUCUCCGAACCUGCUGAGGAUCUGAAUCAAGUGUGUUAAAUCAGAGAGAGACGGAGAAAAUGAUGUUCCUGACUGUGUACCUCAGUAACAAUGACCAGCAUUUCACAGAGGUGCCCAUCACGCCUGAGACCGUGUGCCGUGACGUGGUGGAGCUGUGUAAGGAGCCGGGCGACGCCAGCCACCUGGCUGAAGUGUGGAGAGGCUCAGAGCGAGCGAUAGGCGAGAGCGAGAAGAUGAUGGGUCUGCUGCUGCAGUGGGGACAGGAGAGGCCCGAGGUUCGAUUCUUUCUGCGUCAGGGCAGAUCACCCAACCUGCUGACAGACUCCAGGAGCUGGAAUCAGAAGAGGAACGGAGUCAAGAAGCCCACAGACAGACGGCCGGAGAAUGGAGUGAGCAGCCCGUGGAUGGACAUGACUCUCGCAGAGCUGCAGGAGAUGGCUUCCAGACAGCAGCGUCAGAUUGACACCCAGCAGCAGCUCCUGGCCUCCAAGGAGCAGCGCUUGUGUUUCCUGAAGCAGCAGGAGCACAGGCAUCUGCAGACGUCCUCGCAGCAGAAGAAACUGCAGCAUCUGAGGGACGCGGUGGAGAAACAGGAGGCGCAGCUGAAGAUGGUGCGAGCUCUGAAGGGACAGGUGGAGCAGAAGCGCCUCAGCAAUGGGAAACUCGUUGAGCAGGUGGAACAGAUGAACAAUAUAUUCCUUCAGAAGCAGAAAGAGUUGGUAGUCGCCGUGUCUAAAGUGGAAGAACUGAACAAACAGCUGGACACCCUGAAAAAUGGCCAGCUGGAUGCGCUUCACAGUAACCACAGCUCAGUGGCCGAGCUGGACAAACUCUACAGGGAACUACAGAUGAGGAAAAACUUGAACUUGGAGCAGAGCGCUAAACUGCAGCAGCAGAGAGACAACCUGAACAAGAGGAACCAGGAGGUGGACACCAUGGACAGACGAGUCGGUGAGCUGCGAGAUCGCUUGUGGAAGAAGAAAGCAGCCCUUCAGCAGAAAGAGAACCUCCCCGUGAGCUUGCCUUCAGAUGGCCAGACAGCGCAGCAGACAGGACCGGCCCGUGUGGCUGCUGUCGGUCCUUAUAUCCAGUCCUCUACGAUGCCCAGGGGCCCCUUUAAACACACUUACCCAGAAGGCACAGCGACUGUACCACAUCAGGACAAGACCACUCACCCGGACUCAGGCAAGGUGUCCUCAAAGAAGUUUAACUGGAGUUCAGCCGCUACAAAGACAGGCGGUAAUCUUGGGUCGUCCAGUCUGCCACGCAUGGUGACCCAGGCAUCUAAAAACCAAGAUAACACAGAGGUGCUGAAGCGGGACCCCAGGGUGCGCCCGGUCUCCAUGGUUGAGUCCAUUGAUCCACCGGCAACUUCUUUACGGAAGAACCAGAGCAGCGAGGACCUUGCGUCUCCUUACACUCAGAGCGCUGUCAAGAACACAGUCAAGGUUCCUCCUCCAGUUCCAACUAAACCGAAACAGGCCAACCUUCCCUCUGGUGGCCAGAUGGGAUACGGCAAGGGUGCCCUCAGUGCCGGUACCUUCCCUGGGAAGAGUAAACCUUCCACUCAGCAGCUGCCCACUGGAUCCCAGUCUGGUAGUACUUUACCUCUUCCCUCCAAACAGGAGGCUCCCCCAGCUGCCACUGUACACCCCUUCAGCCUCGAGCCUCCUGGGGCCAAAGACUCUGGUGGGCAGGUCCUGCACAAGCCCCAGAUGCUGACCACCAGCUCCAUCUACUCCAUGUACACGCAGCCGCAGGGAGCGCUGAGCCGAGCCCAGAACCAGAACCGUGGCAGCAACUUCAGCAGCGUUUAUGGGAAACCAGUGACCCCCGCAGGCCAGCAGUCUCAAAACCAGCACCCUGAGAACCCAUACCUGGACUCGUCCAGUGGCCCAGAAACAGAGAAGGACCACAGCGCUGGAGGAUCUGAGAGCGAGCGGAUCCCCAGACCUCUCAGUCCCACCAAACUGCUGCCCUUCAUCUCCAACCCCUACCGCUGCCAGAGCGACGCCGACUUAGAGGCUCUCAGGAAGAAACUCUACAACGCACCAAGACCCCUGAAGAAACGCAGCUCCAUCACGGAGCCCGAGGGCCCGUGCGGCCCCAACAUCCAGAAGCUCUUGUACCAGAAGACGACUCUGGCCGCUAUGGAGACCGCAGUGAGUCCUCCUGGAGAAGAGAAGAAGGAGACGCCCGCAGAUCCUCACAGAGCUGAUGAAGCUUCACUUGAGGGAGCAGAGCAGCCUGUUCCUGAGCCAGCGGUAUCCUCAGCCGCCCCAGACACUGACCGAGAGGACAUCCCUCCUCCACCACCUCCACACCCGGCCCCACAGCCCCACGCUUCGUUUUUACCUACACCGCCCCAGCCGGACAGCCCUCCACCUCCACCUCCUGACAGCUUCACGGAGGACUUUCCUCCGUAUCCUCCUCCUCCUUAUCCCAGCGGCGCUGAGCAGGAGAAUCCAGAAGACACGUUCAACAUGAAGCCACCAGAGGUCACCGGCCAGGUUCCCUUCCCACCGGGUAAGAGGACGAACCUGCGUAAGGCCGGAUCCGAGCGCAUCGACCACAGCAUGAGAGUGCACUUCAAUCCUCUGGCUCUGUUACUGGACUCAUCACUGGAGGGAGAGUUUGAUCUGGUGCAGAGGGUCAUUUACGAGGUUGAGGAUCCCAGUCAGCCUAACGAUGAGGGAAUCACGGCGCUGCAUAAUGCAGUGUGUGCCGGCCACACAGAGAUCGUCAAAUUCCUGGUGCAGUUUGGAGUCAAUGUUAAUGCCGCUGACAGUGACGGAUGGACGCCCCUGCACUGCGCCGCGUCCUGUAAUAACGUGCAGGUGUGUAAGUUCCUGGUGGAGUCUGGGGCGGCCGUGUUUGCCAUGACCUACAGCGACAUGCAGACAGCAGCAGACAAGUGUGAGGAGAUGGAGGAGGGAUACGCUCAGUGCUCUCAGUUCCUCUACGGCGUCCAGGAGAAGAUGGGCAUCAUGAACCGAGGGGUGGUGUACGGCCUGUGGGACUACGAGAGCGCGCAGGACGACGAGCCGGCCUUCAAAGAGGGCGACUGCAUGACGGUACUGCGGCGGGAGGACGAGGACGAGACCGAGUGGUGGUGGGUGCACAUGGCCAGCCGAGAGGGAUACGUCCCCCGAAACCUGCUGGGGUUGUAUCCAAGAAUUAAACCUCGUCAGCGGAGUCUGGCUUAAGUGCUUCAGUGAGGAGAACAAAGACCAUCAACGUUAAUAAUCAAUCCAUCAACACUAGUUAACUUCCUCAUGCUGGUUGUAGGACCAUCUACUUGUUUGUCCCAUUUGUAUUGUUGUUGUUGUUUUUUGGUGUUGCUGUUGAUAUGUUACAGUAAUGGCCACUUUGUCUUUUUUUUUUUUUUCCCACAAAACAAUUGAAUAGAAAUUAGCUGUUUAGAAUGUACUUUAUAUUUGUAUAUCAAUAAUUUUUCCACUGAGAAAAAAAAUGUAAUAGUGACCUGUGUUUUGCAUCACAGGUAUUUUGCAUAUGCUGUUCUUUCAGUGCUUUAUUGAAAGGGAAGUGAAAGGAAAUUCAUAGUGUUGGAGAUCUUCUGAAUCGUGGGUAACAUUUUUCUCAUGCACAAUGCUUAACAAAUGAAAUUAACUAGUUGUACAGUGCUAGUAAAGUGGAGUCAGAACAGUGAAUUUCUGGCCCAGUAGUGAAUAUUCAGAUAGUGAGUUACAGUAUGUGUCCGGCACUGAUCUCUCGCUUCAUCCCAUGACGCUCUGAUCCGCAGUGCUGCAAACUGAGAUGAGCACAAGAUGGGUAUAUUCAUUUUGACAGACACGGCUUACAUGAUACAUUAUUUUCCUCUGUUCAGCAAAUAUAACCUGCAUUUUUACAUCUUCAUCCUCAUGAGUUAUUGGACAAAUCAGCUGGAGGUUUAACAUGAUCAAAAAAAAUAAUUAAACACUGUGAGCUGAGUUCUCAUGAA